UGCUAAUGUAGGAUUGAAUUCUUGAAUUUGUGUUCAGCUAGGUUUGCAGGUAAUGCCGUGGACCGUACAUCAGGUUCAUGCUAUACCGUUCUAUUGUCUAAUGCGUAUUGUUACCAACUCACGUUAAAUGAGAGAGGAUCGUUGAGGGAUAUGCAGUGACUGGCGAACGACGACCUGUCCUUGAAAAGCAUCGAACAAUGGCCAAAGAUCCUCCUAUUGGUCAGACUUUGUGAUGGUUGAACUUGACAGAUAGAAGCCCGGGAUUAGCGGCGUAGGAUCAAGAUCAGACGGAUCUCUGAUCUUACCGGCUCAUUAAGUCAUCAUGGCUAUUGAUAUCCAGUGGUAGAUGGAAGGAUUCAUGAACGAGUUUGGUCAGUGAGGAUAAAUAGCUUUCAAAUUCUCGACAUAACAUCAUUUAUGCUUUGAGCUUUCACCAGUGCACAUCUACUACAACUUAACACUGAACACUAUCAUUAUAUUGAUCAUCAUUGCUUCAGCUUUCCGGAUAUAAGAGUAUAUCAUUAGAACUAUAUACCUUGGCAUCGUCUUGGACUUGAAUUAAGUGGAAUAAUAUAUUGGCAGCAUGGCUUCUCUGACUUCAAAGUACUUACAGCUCCCUGAUGCUAGCUUGUGUGAUAUUGGCAAACCAAGUCCAUUGGCCAUGUUAGCUGCAACCUGUCGAAAGAUUGGCACAUCACCAGGCGUGUCUUCUCGUCGAGUGUCCAGGAUAACUUCACCACAACCACAGCUCACUCCCUUGUCGACGUCCUCGCCUGUUUCUACAUCAUCGUCCUGUUCGUAUCUUCCACCUACUCCACCACCGUCACCACACAUGACAUCAUCAUCUCGGGCAUUGUCGGUAUCACCUCAGCCUACCGAGUUGUCGCCGCUACCUCUCCAAUCACUUAGCCCGAUCAUCCCUGAUCAUCAGCCAUGCUACUAUCCUCUAUAUCAACCUGUUAUGCGGUACUCUCCUUACUCUACUACACCUGUAUCAAGACCAAGAGUACCACCCUCAUCCAUGAGCUACCAUCUAGCUACCACUCCAUACUCAUCGUGUACUCCUAUGGUUGUACCAGUACCAACAUUCAACCACACACUUCAUUCAUCAUCGUCACCACCCAUGUUCGGGGUGUACCCUCAUCAUGAUCAACCCAUCCAUGCUACGAUGUCGUCAAUGAAGGUCCACCCUACGAGGAAUCGACGAUCACGCCGAGUGGUAGUCAAGGAUGAGGAAGAGGAGAUCAUCGACGUCGUAUCGCUCUGAAGAAUAUGGACCUUGUUUUGAUAUGGUACACGUAAAUAAUAUAUUUGAGAUUUGAAGCCGCUUGUAGCGAAUUCAUGUCUUUAGUUAUAAAUAAAUCUUUUUGAAAAUGCA